AGAAGUCAUCACGCCAUUCAGAGUUUCCAAGCUACAAUUACAAAUUACAUUCCCACCGUAGACGACGAUGCAGAAGCUUUUACGCCGUGUGUUUACGCUAAGCAGAAAUGGGUGGACCCAUCGCUCGGAAUCCUCCUCGUUCCCCUCCAUAUGUCCUCCCAUGCAUUAUCGCCCUUGCCUUCCUAUCUCUCUCCGCCCUCUUCCUCAGCAAGGUGGAUGACUUCGUCUCGCAAACAAAAACAGUUGCAGGCCACAACUUAGAGCCAACACCGUGGCACCUAUUCCCGCCAAGAACGUUCAGUGAAGAUACUCGACAAGAACGGGCUUACAAAAUCAUAAAAUGCUCUUAUCUCACUUGUCCUUACAGCACUAGGAGGAAUAAUGAUACAGAGUUGGAGGAACGGCGCCUCUUUGUAUCCUCUUUAGACACCCCGAAAUGCCCAGAUUUUUUCAGGUUCAUUCAUAAGGAUCUUCAACCAUGGGCUAAAACCCGGAUAACAAAAGAUCAUGUGAUGGCAGCCAAGGAACAUGCUGCAUUUCGGGUUGUUAUCGUGGGUGGAAGAAUUUACGUGGAUUUGUACUAUGCUUGUGUACAAAGCAGAUUGAUGUUUACUGUAUGGGGAUUGUUGCAGCUGUUAAGGAGGUAUCCUGGCAUGCUGCCUGAUGUGGAUAUGAUGUUUGAUUGCAUGGAUAAGCCUAGUAUUAAUCGAACUGAACAUGGGUCCUUCCCCUUGCCACUUUUUCGGUAUUGUACAACAGAUGCUCACUUUGAUAUCCCAUUUCCUGAUUGGUCUUUCUGGGGUUGGCCAGAGACAAAUAUAAAGCCCUGGGAUGAGCAGUUCAGAGAGAUUAAGCAAGGUUCACAAACAAAGAGGUGGGGGAACAAGUUGCCCCUUGCAUUCUGGAAAGGGAAUCCUGAUGUUGAUUCACCCAUCCGAACAGAGUUACUGCAAUGUAAUCACUCUACGAAGUGGAGAGCACAAAUUUUGCGUCAGAAUUGGGUGGAAGAAGCAAAAUCCGGAUAUGAGCAGUCAAAACUGUCAAAUCAGUGUAACCAUCGGUAUAAAAUAUAUGCUGAAGGCUAUGCUUGGUCUGUAAGCCUGAAAUAUAUUCUAUCCUGUGGUUCUCUUGCACUGAUAAUUACUCCCCAAUAUGAAGAUUUCUUCACUCGGGGUCUCAUUCCAAGGAAAAACUACUGGCCCGUCUCUCCUAUUAAUUUAUGUCACUCCAUAAAGUUUGCUGUUAAGUGGGGUAACACUCAUCCUUUAGAGGCUGAGGCAAUGGGAAAAAAAGGGCAGGAUUUCAUGGAAAACUUAAGUAUGGAUCGAGUCUAUGACUACAUGUUUCACUUCAUCAGUGAGUACUCGAAACUGCAAGAUUUCAAGCCUUCCCCACCAUCUACUGCUCUAGAAGUAUGUGCAGAGUCCCUACUUUGCUUGGCUGACCCCAAGCAGAGGGAGUACCUUGAAAGAUCAACCACCGCACCUUCCCCAGCUCCUCCAUGCAGCCUUGAGCCUGCCAAUGCUAAUUUCAUGAAGAGUUGGAUAGAAAAGAAAAAGAAAACAAUAGAAGAUGUAAGAGUUAUGGUGGAGAAGAAUGCAUUGAGAAGAUAAGCGGAUUAGAGUGCUUGUUAAAGUGAAGUUUUGUAGCUUUAAGUUCAUCUUUAUAUUAUACAUGCUCCAUUAGGAAAAAAAAAGUUAAAAAUUGACAUCUUUAUUUAAAAAAUGACAAAAUUAACAUCCUUAAAUAGAAAUAAAUAUAAAAUUAAAAUUCUUAUUUGCACCUUUACUCCUGUUCGCAGAGGAAUAGUGGUGGAAAAGACUAAUAAUAACACAUAAAUACACAGGACAAAACACC